CUUGUUCUUGUGUUGGAUUUAUUAUUAAUUAUGUUUUUUUUCAUGGUGUUAAAAUAUAUUCUAGUUUGCAUUUUACUGCUUCACAUCAACAUAUAUAUCUAUAUAUAUAUUGACUUAAAUUUUCUUGCAGCAUCAUUCUAUCAGAAGACUGAAGCAAGGCAAUCUCACUCUCCUUCUGCCAUUGUCAUUGGUGGUGGAUUUGCAGGGAUUGCAGCUGCUCAUGCACUGAAAAAUGCAGCUUUUCAGGUUGUGCUUUUAGAAUCUCGGGAUAGAAUUGGUGGUCGAGUUCACACUAACUACUCAUUUGGUUUUCCUGUUGACAUGGGAGCAGCCUGGUUGCAUGGUGUCUGCAACGAGAAUCCAUUGGCAUCUUGGAUUGGAAGACUUGGUCUACCAAUUUAUCGAACUUCUGGUGACAAUUCUGUCUUGUAUGAUCAUGACUUGGAGAGCUACGCACUCUUUGAUGGUGAUGGACAUCAAGUGCCUCAAGAUCUAGUGGAAAAAGUUGGUAAGGUGUUUGAAACCAUUCUGGAAGAGGCUAACAAACUCAGGUAUGAAACAAAUGAAGACAUGUCUAUAGCACAUGCUAUUAAGCUAGUCAUGGAGAGGCAUUCAAUAUGAUGCAUUAUUAAUGAAUUAAGUCUACUUUAUGAGAUUUCAG